AUGCUGUCUUUCCCGCUCCUCAGCGCCGCUUCUGGCUCGCGCGCACCUGCAUCGGCACGUUUCAACUCGACGCAAGCCGGUAGCGGCCCCAACGCAUCCUACGGCUCGGCGACACAAUCCACUGUUCCCCCUCGAUCCACACAUGCUACCUACCACCCUGACGGAUACGGUAUCUCGGAAGGUCUCAAACGCGCAAGAAAGCCGUAUCGCAUGCGCAACCUCAUCACCGGCUCGUUGAUCAUGGGUUUCGCCACCAGUGUCUAUUUCUACUCGAUCUCAAAGGUCAAGCAAGACGACUUUUCGGAUCUGGCUGAAAUCAGGGCACCUUCUGCCGGCGAGUCGACACCCAUCACUACCGAGGCGGAUCACAAACACAAAGUAUGA